ACACUAAUACAUAUCAUGGCGCCGGUCUCGAUCCCUUCUAUUGCCCCAGCAGAGCCAUUUUCCAGGACAUCAGGCAAUGUUGGUCCUGGUGCGGUUUGGACCGUCUUCAACGUGAACGAUGAAGGUUCCAGCGUUGAUUCCGUCGACUGGGGUUUGUGGAAGGAUAAAGCACUCAAGUGGCUGAGCGGGGCGUGGACGUUCGCAGGCGAACACGCUGGAGACUGGCUAAAGGCAGUUGAGGCGUUCGUGAAGGAAAACGGCCUUGCCAUCGGCAUCACGUUCCUCGUCGUCGUCCUCCUCUUGGCACCGCCAUUUCGUGCCCUUAUCGCCAGUAUAUUCUCCGCAAUCUACAGACUUGUCGUCUUCAUCCUGUGGUUGCCGGUCAACCUUCUCAGAGGGAUCUGGGCAGUCAUGAAGUACGUCCUCAAGGGCUUCUUCAACUGUCUUGGUUGUGGAAUGCGUGGCAUUAGAGGAGGAAGUCUUGCGUCCGCCCAUCAAUCCAGAAACUACGGCGGUGUCACUCCCGGUGGAUCCGCGUUCUCGAGAGCACAGUCGUUUGGCGCUCGUGGCGGGUUUCCGCUGGACUACGUAGCUGGGGAUGUUUCAGACGCUGUGAAGACGUUUGCGAAAAAGAGUCUCUGCCUUAUCCUCAUGUUCCUCGUCCUCGUCCUGGUUGUCCUCCUCCUAUUGAUAUCGCAAGUUCGUGCCCUUGUCUCCAGCAUAUUCUCCGUGAUCUUCAAAGUUAUCGUCUUCAUCCUGAACAUCCUUCUGGAAGUGAUCUGGAUAAUCCUGAAAUUUCAUUCCGCUUCCCCCUCUCUGUUGGUCUGCGACAGCGUCCUCAUCGAUCCGCCUGCCAUUACCCUUGCAACUCCUCAAGUGAGCACGAUGCCUCCCUGGUUCGUGGUAUCAACUGCUAAGACCAGCGUAGAACGUCGCAUAGCGGAGAUUAUCAACUGCUUCAGUACGUCUUCUCUCCGACAUUUCACGGCAGAACUCUCGAACCAUUCCCAGCCUUUCAUUGAUCUCGCUCUCGCACUCGUUCAAGCCAUAGAUUAUCCAUACACAACGGGCCUAUUACUGCUCUACUUCGGAGCGGAGCCUCUUCUCUUCUGCUUUCUCAAAGGGAUUUUCGUAAUCUGGGGAAGCUUUCUCUAUCUGUUUGGGUUCGAGAAGCCAAGGGUCAACCGCGAUGGCCUCAUGUCUCAAUCACAGCGCAAUUACGGUGCUACCGUUUCCGACACCCAGGAAAAUUCUUCUUACUUCGCCUAUCUGGAGGCCGCCGGGUGUGGGGAAUCUAUGUUCUGGGUAGGGAAUGGGGAUGGUGGUGAAGGUUCGAAUUUGACGGUGAGGUCGCUGGACAGAGGGUCGCAGUGGAAGCGUUGGGACAUGUUCAAAUGUCUUACACCCAGGUCGGAUCGGUGUGAGAAGGUGCAUACGGGUUCUCACUGA